AUGUCAAAGAAAGUAGCCGCAAAGACAAACGUUCCAGAAGUUAUUCCAGGUUCAACUAAAGACGCCUUCGGUGUAGCCCAUAUCUAUGCUACCUUCAACGAUACUUUCGUCCAUGUCACUGAUAUUUCAGGAAAAGAAACCAUCAUUAGAAUUACUGGUGGUAUGAGAGUCAAAGCUGAUAGAGAUGAAUCCUCUCCAUAUGCUGCUAUGACUGCUGCUCAAGAUGUAGCUAAAAGAUGCAAAGACCUUGGAGUUACUUCUCUCCACAUUAAGAUGAGAGGAGAAGGAGGAGUCUAUAGCAAGACCCCAGGACCAGGAGCUCAAGCUGCUCUCAGAGCUCUUGCUCGUGCUAAUAUGAAAAUUGGAAGAAUUGAAGAUGUUACCCCAAUCCCAACUGAUUGCACUAAGAGAAAGGGAGGAAGAAGAGGAAGAAGACUCUAA